GUUUUAUUUUAAUUUAGAAGGAAAAACAAAAGUUUGCCGUUCCCGGGGUCUCUCUGGCUUCACAACGCGGGGUUAAACACAUCUUUUCUCUCUCCUCUGGGGUCCCAACGGCAAGAAACUCCCCCGAAUGAAAGUCCACAGUCUUCCCUUCACUCCACUGAAAAAAGGGGUGAUUUAGUGUCACGCAUUUUACAAAAAAUAUGAAUUUAUAACUCGAAAGAAACACAGACUCGGAGGACGAAAAGCUCUUCCUGGCUAACAGUUAGGCGGGCUCUGCAAAGCACCAAUCACAGAUCACCGCUUCGCUAUAAAUUCAGGCAUCGGGGUUACUGUAGCCCAAUUACUUUCUUUUGAUUAGGAAGAAGUCUCUGCAGCGAUGUCCGAGACCGCUCCCGCCGCCGCUCCCGCUGUCGCGGCCCCCGCCGCUAAAGCAGCAGCCAAAAAGCCGAAGAAGGCGGCGGGCGGCUCCAAAGCCCGCAAGCCCGCCGGCCCCAGCGUCACCGAGCUGAUCACCAAGGCCGUGUCCGCCUCCAAGGAGCGCAAGGGGCUCUCCCUCGCCGCGCUGAAGAAGGCGCUGGCCGCCGGCGGCUACGAUGUGGAGAAGAACAACAGCCGCAUCAAGCUGGGGCUCAAGAGCCUCGUCAGCAAGGGCACCUUGGUGCAGACCAAGGGCACCGGCGCCUCCGGGUCCUUCCGGCUGAGCAAGAAGCCUGGAGAAGUGAAGGAAAAAGCCCCCAAGAAGCGGGCAGCCGCGGCCAAGCCGAAGAAGCCGGCGGCCAAGAAGCCCGCCAGCGCUGCUAAGAAGCCCAAGAAGGCGGCGGCGGUGAAGAAGAGCCCCAAGAAAGCCAAGAAGCCGGCGGCCGCAGCGGCCAAGAAAGCCACCAAGAGCCCCAAGAAGGCGACUAAGGCAGCCAAGCCCAAAAAGGCAGCGGCAGCCGCGAAGAGCCCGGCCAAGGCGAAGGCGGUGAAACCCAAAGCAGCCAAGCCCAAGGCAGGGAAGCCGAAAGCGGCCAAGGCGAAGAAGGCGGCGCCCAAGAAGUGAGGUGUUGAAGUGGAAAUGCUUAAACCAAACGGCUCUUUUAAGAGCCACCCACUGGUGUCCGGAAAAGGGCUGAUACACUCCAUCACCGAGCUCCGUGCCUGCGGCAGAGCUAACCACACGCCACUACCCGUGUGGGACGUCAGUCUGUGAGGUGGAUGGGACGCUAAAUUCCGGCCGUGAUUACGCUAAGACUUGGAAAAAUAAAGUUUACAUUCCCUGGGGAAA